AGGUUAUGUUGAUUUGACAGUCCAGCAGGAUCUGUUUUUGUGUAUGGAAAACAGAAUUGAAUCAAGAGAGUGAUCAUGCAGAAGGCGGGCAAUUGGCGUGCGGAGGCCGACGCCGUCAUCAGAGACAUCGACCAGCACGUAAAGACGGCCAAAGUAAGCAUGUCGCUAGCAAGCAGCGCGUCAAGAAUCUUCCUGAAUGUAACCACAAUGGAGAACCAGGCCUAUUGCGUGGAACUCUCGGGCAAAGGCUUUCGAGUCGUGGGCAAAUCAUACGAUUCACAGGACGCGCCCGAGGACAAAUACUUCGAGACGCCUUACAGUCUACUCUCGGCAAUCAGCCCGCUAUACAACGACUCCUUUGGACAAGAACUCAUGAAGAAAUUGAGUAAACUUGCAGAUAAAUAACACCUGCAACAUCGGUAAAGGGCAGCGGUUAUGCUCACAAUAUCGCACACACGGCGAACACCAACCAAAAGUACAAAAUAGAUGCACACGGGGAUAUUUCACACAUACCGGAUGUAUGUACAACGUUCGUCUGUAUAAUGCAUCAUCACUAAUAUAAAAUACACGUGUGCGUAGGUGAAUUUGUGUAGUUUUGUGUCUCUUGAGUUGUUUGUGGCUUUGCCAAAUCGGAGCGACUUCCCGCGGGUUUUGUUACGCAAGCAGCGCGUGGAUCGACGACGAUGAAUAAUUGAAAUGCGUUUUGUAUUUGAAUCUGUUGAUUAUAUUUGUGAAUUUGUUUCACACUUUUGUAUUUUUCUGUACAUUUGAAAAUAAAGUUAUAGUUUCACUGUUGUAUAA